AUGGCCAUAAGAACAAACUUUCUUCUGCGCCUACGAUUGCGCGUGCUGCUCCCAAUGAGUGUUGGCAGGAGGCCUUUCCGCAGGACUGCCAAAGCCUUUGCUGCGGCCGGGGCCGCGCCCAGUGCAUCAUCCGACGACCCUGCCGAGGAGAAGGUAUCCUUGGAAACUGCGCUGCGAGAAGCCCAGGAAGCCCUGACUUUCGUUGAGGAGUUCCAGGGUCGGGUUACCUCCCUCCCCAGCGCCCGCCUGCCCACGACGCUAGACAUGGUGUUAGCCAAGCUGAAGCCCGUCCUUCAGGUCGCCGGCCUGGUGGCGCUGUGCGCCGCCAUCCACGCCCUGGGCAUCCCCGGUCGCCUGGUCGGCGGCCUGACCCUGGCGCUGUCGGCCGCCUCCUGGGGCCUGUCCCGGGGUUCCCUGGACCGCUCCGGCGCGGCAGCUGCGGUGGUGGUGGGCUGGAUCACCAUCGCCACCUCCAUGACCGGCGGCCUGCUCCUCCUCACCUUCUUCGUGGCCUCCUCCAAGCUCACCGCGCUGUGCGACCACGAGAAGGAGCUGGACGACGACCACAAGCCCGGGGGCAACCGCGACUGGACCCAGGUCCUGUCCAACUCCGCCGUGCCCACCGCGCUGCUGGCGGCCGCCGCGGCGCUGGGCACCGCUCCCACGCUGGGCCCGCGCCACCUGGCGGCGCUGCAUGCGGCCGUGCUGGGCUACUACGCCUGCUGCUGCGGCGACACCUGGGCCUCGGAGAUCGGCCAGUUGUCCGACGCGCAGCCGCGCCUGCCCUGGGGCCGGCCCGUGCGCCCGGGGACAAACGGGGGCGUCACGCCGCUGGGUACCGCCGCCAGCGCCGCGGGCGGGCUCUUCAUGGGCGCCAUGGCCGCCGUCGGCUGCCUGGUCAGGCCGGGCAGGGCCUGGGGCUGGGCCGCGCCCACGGGGCCCCUGUGGGGCGUGCUCCUGAUGGGCCUCGUGGCAGGCGUCGGGGGCUCCUUCCUGGACUCCAUCCUGGGCGCCACCGUGCAGUUCACGGGGUACAACCGGGACACACACAAGGUGACGAGCCAGACGGGGGAGCACAUCUCCUUCAUUGCCGGCCGGCCCUGGCUGAGCAACAGCGGGGUCAAUGUAGCCUCGGCAUGCGGCACCGCGCUGGCCUGCGCAGCAGCCACGCUGGUCUGGGCAGUGUGA